UAGGGCAAGUGAAUCAUCACAUUUCCCUCGGUGGAAGUAAGAACUCGGGCUGGAAGCAUGUGGUGCGUCCUGCGAGGCUGGCGGGGAGGCUGCCUGGGCCCAUGGGGAGCCCUGGGGACGCAGGGCCCCCGGGGCCUCCGCGCUCUGGCCAGCAAGCGCCCGCGGAGCCGGGGCGAAUACAGCCACGUGGUGGUGGGUGCGGGCUCCGCCGGCUGCGUGCUGGCCGGCCGGCUCACGGAGGACCCUGACCAGCGUGUGCUGCUGCUGGAGGCCGGGCCCAAGGACGUGUACGCGGGGAGCAAGCGGCUCCGGUGGAAGAUCCACAUGCCCGCGGCCCUCGUGGCCAACCUGUGCGACGACACGUACAACUGGUGCUACCACACCGAGCCGCAGGCGGGCCUGGAUGGUCGCGUGCUGUACUGGCCGCGGGGCCGCGUCUGGGGCGGCUCGUCGUCGCUGAACGCCAUGGUCUACGUGCGCGGGCACGCCGAGGACUACGAGCGCUGGCAGCGCCAGGGCGCCGCGGGCUGGGGCUACGCGCACUGCCUGCCCUACUUCCGCAGGGCGCAGGCGCACGAGCUGGGCGCCGGCAGGUACCGCGGCGGCGACGGGCCCCUGCGCGUGUCCCGGGGCAAGAGCGGCCAUCCGCUGCACCGCGCGUUCCUGGAGGCGGCACAGCAGGCCGGCUACCCCCUCACCGAGGACAUGAACGGCUUCCAGCAAGAGGGCUUCGGCUGGAUGGACAUGACCAUCCACGAAGGCAAGCGCUGGAGCACGGCCUGCGCGUACCUGCACCCAGCACUGAGCCGCCCCAACCUCACAGCCGAGACCCAGACGUUUGUGAGCAGGGUUCUGUUUGAAGGCACCCGUGCGGUGGGUGUGGAGUACAUCAAGAACGGCCAGAGCCACAGGGCUUAUGCCAGCAAGGAGGUGAUUCUGAGUGGAGGGGCCAUCAACUCUCCGCAGCUGCUCAUGCUGUCGGGUGUGGGCAAUGCCGACGACCUCAGGAAACUGGGCAUCCCGGUGGUGUGCCACCUUCCUGGAGUUGGCCAGAACCUCCAAGACCACCUGGAGGUGUAUAUCCAGCAGGCAUGCACCCGCCCCAUCACCCUCCACUCUGCACAGAAGCCCCUGAGGAAGGCCUGGAUCGGCCUGGAGUGGCUCUGGAAGUUCACAGGGUAUGGAGCCACGGCCCAUCUGGAAACUGGGGGGUUCAUCCGGAGCCAGCCUGGGGUCCCCCAUCCGGACAUCCAGUUCCACUUCCUGCCGUCCCAGGUGAUCGACCACGGGCGGGUCCCCCCACAGCAGGAGGCUUACCAGGUGCAUGUGGGGACCAUGCGGGGCACAAGCGUGGGCUGGCUCAAACUGAGAAGUGCCAACCCCCACGACCACCCUGUGAUCCAGCCCAACUACCUGUCAACAGAAACCGACAUUAAAGACUUCCGUCUCUGUGUGAGGCUGACCCGAGAGAUUUUUGCACAGAAAGCCCUGGCACCAUUCCGGGGAAAGGAGCUCCAGCCGGGAAGCCAUGUCCAGUCGGAUGCAGAAAUAGACGCCUUCGUGCGGGCGAAGGCAGACAGUGCCUACCACCCCUCGUGCACCUGCAAGAUGGGCCAGCCCUCCGACCCCACGGCGGUGGUGGACCCACAGACCAGGGUGCUCGGGGUGGAAAACCUCAGGGUGGUCGACGCCUCCAUCAUGCCCAGCGUGGUCAGUGGCAACCUGAACGCCCCCACCAUCAUGAUCGCAGAGAAGGCAGCCGACAUGAUCCAGGGGCGGCCGGCACUCUGGGACGAGGAUGUCCCGGUCUAUAAGCCCAGGACCCUGGCCACCCAGCGCUGAGGUCGGCCCUGCCCGCGAAGGCUCAGCACAGCCCUUGCUCCACAUGGGCUUCCCUGAACCUGUCUAGAAUGUUAUAGUCCAGUGGCCGAGACUUGGAUAAUCUUAAGAAAUGAGACCAGUACUGCUCAGUGAACUGGCUUCUUUCUUACCAGCAUGUCCUCACAGGCCUUCUGGUCCCCUUCUCCCUGCCUCCUGGCGGGACAGCAAAGGGGAAGGGAGGCUGGAGGAGAACGGGCAACUCCUGCCAGGCCCUUGGCUUGUGCCCCGCAGUGCUCUCCGGCCCAGGGUCCUGCCGCCUUCCAGGGUCCGGGUGGGGCCUUCCCAGGCUCUAUCUGGAGGCAAGCUGGUCCAGGAGCAGGGAGCUUGCACAGAGCCCGGGGCAUCCUCCCCGUCUGGCUGAAAGCUGCACUGGGGGCCUGGAGUGAGGGAGCGUGGAGCUCAGCUGGGCUGUGUGACAAGCCUCCAACAUGCCUGGGCAGAGGGAAAGCUACCUCUGGAAGAAACAGGCUGCUGCUUUCUCUGCUGCUUCCUGACUUCACCCCCAGAGGGAGACAGGAACUGGUGUUCAGCUGGGUCCCUCCAAGGGGCUUGUAGCCCACCUCUACGACGCUCUGGUUCUUACUAACACCAUCAGAAUGAGGCCAGAAUUCUGGACCUUGCUUCAGGACUCAGGAGUCUGCAGGGCCUCUUUACUACCUUGGGUUUUAGGAUUUAGCAUUUUUAAAGAUCUUCCUGUUGCCAGGAAACCUAGAAACCCAGAGCAGACCUGUACCCCAGCCUGCUCUGCACAAAGCCUGGGGAGACAGGGACUGAGCAGUGGCCACGGCUGGCUAAUUCUCAUUCUCCAGAUGUCCCCAGCAACAGACCAGGCAGGAGCCAGGCUGACGGAUAAAGUAGUCAAAUAGAGCUAUGAUCCUCAUCCUGGGGCAGGGGAGGGAAACACAAUUGAUUUAAAGACAAAUGAAUUGGUGAAGAUUGGAGCUUGGGCGGAAGACAAAGUAACUUUUAAAACAGAUCUCUGAUCUUUAAACUUCUUCUAAUUCAAUAAGGCAACCCCAUAACUUACUUUUGAACUGAGAUGCAUUAUCCAGACUGUUGUUACAAGGUGAUGAACAUGUGGAUACGUUUUGGAUUGAUUUUUCUGACUAUAUCCAGAAGACCCUGCCUGGCAGGAAGGAAGGGUACUCCCGUUUGGAAACCUGCCUGGCUGGACCCAGAAUCAGAGGGAAGGAAGAAGGAACAUUCCAGGCUUCACCGUAGAUCACAAGGGAUUGAAGUGCCUUGGAGGCCCCACAGUUGAGAAAGAUUUCUACAAAGGUGGAAAGAAGAAAGCCAUCUCACCGGCCUGCCUAUAAAAAUGUUCGAGUAAAAUCUUAAUUGAUCUUACCUGUGUCUUUAUUUUCUGUUCCAGCGGAGGGUCAAGAGAGAAAAUUCUGUCUGUCAAGAGACGUCUGUCUCCUAGAGAGGCCCCGCCUGCCCACAGGCCUCCUCUGGGUCUGGGAGCCACCGGCAGGGGUGAAGGACAGCAGGACGGUGGGUGCCGAUCCCCCACUCUGAGGGCCAUGAAGUGACACCUCCUGGCCUGUGACUGAACUGACCUCCUCUGGGGUGGGCAUGGCAGGUGACGUGGCAUUCAGACCUGCAUUCUCUGAUGCCUUCGGCCUGUGAGACAGCAGCUGAUAGGCUAGUGUGCAUGUAUAGGUGAGCAAAACCGCGUGUGUCAGCGGGGCCCGUACUCGGGCACCAAGGCCCCUCUCCCGCUCAUGGCAUACCAUCACACAAUACUGCCGCACACAGGUACGUUUCAAAGGAGAAAAGCGUGAGUGUCAUUUACCCAACAGGAAACUGCGCUGGGGUCCAGACCUCAGAAUAUUCUAUCUGAGGCAGUUCCCCCCUCGAGCCCUAAGUGCUGGCUGGCCAGGCAGAGUGGAGCAGUGGCCCGUAUCCUAACCACCACCUGUCUGAAGGGUCCAGUGCCACGAAGGAACCGUCGCCUGCAGAAGGAAAGGGGGCUGUUGUCAGAGGAGGCCAGAGAGGGGAGGGAAGUGCUGACCGGAAUCGGGGAGGGUGAGCCAGUCAGGCAGGCCCGAAGGGCAUGCAGACCGGCCAGCACUCGGCCUCUAGAGGAACUGCGAAGACACCUGUUAAGCCCCUUAAACAGAAAGCCUGCCCUGCCCCCCGAACAGGAGAACGUACAUUUCCCAGAACGGUUGACAAAGCCUAAGGGAAGCGGUGUAUGUGCCGAUGGGCAGGUGGCGGAACACAGACCCCACUGAAGAAGCCAAGGAUUCCUCCUGGUGGAGUCAGAGCCAGACACACAGCUAGAGCAGCGGCCUGCAGGUGACCAGGAAAGGGCGGGUCGCAGAAGUGGGACUCUGGCGCCUGGAAACACAGCCCUUGUGCAGGCUGCAGGAGUCUUCUCCAUAAAUUCAAAUAGUCUCCUUAGUCAAACCAUGUUCCUCCACCCAAAGGGCAUGUCAUAUUUCCGCUGAACAACUUAUCAUCAGGUCAAAUACCUAGGCACCUUUCUCUGCUGGUCCUGUCUUGAGACCCAGGCAGCCUCCCAUGGUCUCUCCUGCCUCCAUCCCCACAGGGCGCCCUCAGGGCCACGCGCACUCCUGUUCUCUGCUCGGAAGCAAGGGCCUCGGGCCCACCUCUCUCUCGGACCCCCAGUAAAGAAGGAAUAUCAUUUUAGAGAAAUAAAAACUUUUUCCACAAAUGAAGGCGUAACUGGAGUCUCGUUUCUGAGUCAGGAGAGGCUAAUAAAGGAGCUUGGAACUCUGUGUGAAGCUAACAGCUUUCAGAACAAACUGACCACCAUCCUAACAAUAAAAACCUUUGCAGGGAAACAGGCAAUGGGCAAAGACACUUAGGACUGUGAAGCAUAAACAGCACAAAAUAAACGGCUCUGGUUCCUCUCAGAAGCGUGGCAUCAACAUAAAGCGGUCCAUCAGACAUGUUAAACACAUUCUGUGCACCAAGAAGCUUCUAGGGCCUCCACAAGCUGCCCGUCCCCGCCACCAGUUGAUUCUGAAAUAUUUCAGAGUCAGGCUGGGAGGUGCUAUGUGGCCCAGCUGUCUGGAUGGAAAUUACAGAGACCACAGUUAACGAGGUUCCUGCUUGCCGUUUCCGUUUUGUGACAUUAUGGAAAACACAUGAUGAAAGAGACUAUGUACUAUUCCUGGGGUCAACCCCAAGAUGACUACUUUCUUAGGGGAUAGGAGGGGAACUAAAAAGGAGAGACAUUUAAAGUUUCCUGAAAGAGAAGAAACCAUGUUCUACAACUUGAAGUUUUUCUUAACAAAGACAAAUUUAAUGUCAGACGAGCAGUUGAACCAGGUGUAAUGCAGGUGGACAUUAGGAGUGGUGCAGUCUGUAAAAAUGCCAUUUAAGUGCUGACUAGCAAAGAUCACUGACUAUGCCAGGAAACUCGGUCCUGGUAGGACAGUUUUGGACUAACAAUGGGAAGCCACACAGUAAGACCAAUACUCAGUGGAGAGAUGGAGUCCAAAACGAUGGUGACUGUGGGUUAGCCCUUUAGGAGAAUGGUGCUGUCUGCAACUGGAAUUAAGUUACUACUGGCACCAGAGGAGUCACGAGAUCAAGAGAAAAUCUACAUCAUUACAGCAGUGCCCUCACAGAGUACCUGGUCCUCCGGAGGCUGUCACUGGCAAGCACCAGCUCUGUGCAAGGAGAGCUCCCAAAUACAAUAAACUUAUUACACAGCUUUAUUCUGAAGAUCAUUUUGCAUUUUAAUAAAAAAGAAUUUAUGUCAGGAAAUAGUCAUUUACAAACCUUGAAGUGUUUUUGCCUGGAUCUGGAGUAAGAAUGUCUUUAAGAAGAGGUUUGUAAGGUCUUUAUAACAAAGUGUUAUUUACAAAAAAAAAAACAAAAAACUAACAACAGGUCAUGUAUUCUUUAAAAAUUUUGAACCAAAAACUGCUACUAGUCUUUUUGACCGCAGGGAAUCCCUGCCACGGUAACUCGACAAAGUCUGCAUGAUUCUGUGAACAGAAAAGGAAGCCUUGAUGGGUCUGAUGAUCCCAAAGUGGGUUUUCAUCGAGAAGUACAAUUGGAGUGAGAGUGCAUUCUAGUGAAAACUUCAGCCCUCAUUCAGUUGCAUAUAAAAGCCCUCAAAGAGAACACACAGUAGCAAUGUUUUGUAAAAAGGCAGCGAUAGGAUUUGUACAGACCCCGACAUCUAGUCCUGCAAGAGCCGCCUUGCCUCCUCAGUCCCCCAGCCCCCAGCACUCUUUUAUUUCCUCAGACACGCCGCCUUACCAGUCCCGGGGGGACAACAGCAGAGAGACUUCAUUCACCACUGCCAUUAUUUCUGCACCAGAAAUGCCAGAAUAUCCUGUGGGGCAGCUGAGAAAACCAUGACUGUGAAUGAAAGCCACAGGGUCCGAGUAGCCAGCUCGACCUCCUCUGCCGUGAACUCGUCGGAGGGGUUAUUAAAGGAAAACAAAAGAUGGUUGCAACCCAUGGUGGAUCAAAAGUUACAAUAUCAAAUCAGAGAACCCCUGCCCAAAGAAAAGACUGCAAAUAGUCCUCUGGAAUCUCUUGUGUAAAGAUAGAUUUAUAGUGACUCAAAAUAUUUUAGAAAAAUCUCUGUAGUGUCAAGUUCUUCUGAACUAAAGAUUGUACCCCCAAAAGAUUUUUCACUGAAUAAAUGAGAAUUGGCUCUG